ACGGCCAAGCGCCAUUCAGAUUUCAUUCUCACCAAAGACAAGCAUUUCCUUCCACGUUCUUUACCCGCACGCCGAGCCAGGCCGACCAACAACGAAAGCGCCCGACAUUGCCGCUCCGCCCUAGCAUCGACACACCUGCCCCUCCAUAAGAUUUGACUCUCUCACAAGCAAUGGCCCCUUCCAUUGCCAUGGAUGACGCCUACACAAAGCAUGCCAGCGUGGCUCGUGGUCACGACUGCACCGAUGUGGUCGCCGCCAGCAUCAAAAUUCCAUCAGCUGCCACGUCGGCUGCUGUGUCCGCCGACGAAGAACCCCAAGGGCCCUUUGAAGGACCCGAAAAGCUCCUCGAGCUUUGGUUUGCCGACAGCGAAUCGGAAGUAGGCAAAGGUCUCCGCGUCGUUGACCGAGGCGUCUGGGAAGAUAUGUUGGACAUUGUCAAGUGCAAGGUUCUCAGCGUGGUGAAGGGCCGCGACGUCGAUGCGUAUCUGCUCAGCGAAUCGUCGAUGUUUGUCUUUGCGCACAAAAUUAUCCUCAAGACUUGCGGCACGACGACUCUGCUCUUGGGCCUCGAGCGCCUGUUGCGCAUUGCCAUGUCUAUGCUCCACCCAGACCUGUCCGCCGCCUUGCCCACGACGCCCAACACGUCUCGUCUCCAGGCAAGGCACGAGACCGUCGAGAAGAGGCUCGGCGAUGUGGUCAAGAGGUGUUUCUACUCGCGCAAGUCGUUUAUGUUUCCCGAACGACAGAAGGGCCCUCACAAGGACUGGAUGCUCGAGGUCGCUGUGCUGGACCGCUUCUUUGAUUAUGGGUCCGCCUACACCGUCGGCAAGAUGAACGGAGACCACUGGCUCUUGUACAUGACGGCGCCAGUCCCUUCCGCUCCUCUCCCGCCUGCUGCGAUGCCCGUUCAGACGACCGUCAGCCGCACCGAGUCGGACUCCGACCAGACUUUGGAGAUCCUCAUGACCCAUCUCAGCCCGACUUCAUGCUCUCGCUUCGUCUUUCCCAAUGAGGAAGGAGAGGACGCCAUCAAGGACAGGGGCCACGUCCUUGGAAGCCAAGUGUCUGAUGAAGUCGGUCUGUCGGGCCUCUUCAACAACACGACCGUCGACGCAUUUGCCUUUGAGCCCUGUGGAUUCAGUGCCAAUGCCGUUGUGAAGCAGAACUACGCAGGCACCUCUGCUAGCGAAGAGGGGUACUGGACGGUGCACGUCACGCCCGAAGAAGGCAGCAGCUACGCAUCUUUCGAGACGAAUGUCCGUGUCGAAUCUCUUUCCAGCCAGCAGUCCCACGGCAGCACAACUGCGACAACGACGACAAAUGCUGGACCAGUCAAGCACAUCAGCAACGAGCAGGACGUAAAGGACCUCAAGAGCCUCAUCACGCGCGUUGUUGGCAUCUUCCAGCCUGGCAAGCUUAGCGUCACUCUUUUUGACAGCAGUACCCAGCAGGACGCUGUCGAGGUCGACGACGAUAGCAGCACCAAGGACCAGGGCACGAUUCUCCAUGGCCUUUCGCUCAAGGGCUACAAGAGGACUGAUCGGAUUGCCUACGAGUUCGAAGAUUAUGACUUGGUCUUUGUUAGCUUCGAGAAGGAGACUUGAAACUUCCUUUCACAUCUUUCUAUUUCUCCUUUGUCUCUCUUGUCUUUCUCAUCACUCAUGACGACCAGCUUCUUCAUCUCUCCGUACCUUCCGUUGGCUUUUGACGGUC